AUGCCACCAUCCAAAAAGAUUGACUCAGCUGAAGGCAAGAAAAAGCUGGAGUCAUUUGUCCAACAAAUUGCCAUGAUCAACAACUCCCUGACUUUCGAUGCCCUGCGUGAGUUCGACGAGGCUGCAGUAGAGGUGCGCAUCGAGCAAGCGGAUCGAAUGGAGAAGAGGUUCGAUGCCCUUCACACGCAACUAGAGGACAACGACGCUGAUGAUCUUUUGACUGCAUUUACUAGUAACUAUAUCGAGGUAAAAACUAAGCUGAAACGUCAGCUGCACACAUGCCGAGCUUCAGAAGCGCAUAGCUCUACGACGAGGCCAUUUUCUGGUGAUCAACCUUCGAUCAUCGUCACUCAACCAAAGCAGAGGUUACCCGUCUUACAAAUCCCUAAGUUUAGCGGUAACUAUUCAGAAUGGCCAGAUUUUUUCUCGAUGUUCAAUACCGUUGUACAUCAGGACGUAGAUUUGACAAGAAUUGAGAAAUUCCAGCACCUUCGGUCAAGUCUACGUGAUGCAGCGUUGGACACAAUUCGUUCCUUAGAAAUAAGUGAACAAAAUUAUGAGAAGGCCAUUGAUUUGUUAAAAGCUCGAUUUGAUAACAAGCGUUUAAACUUCCAGGCUCAUAUCCGAGACAUUGUUCAGCUCAAGAGGGUAGAGGGUGAAAGGGUUGUCAAACUUCGAGAACUCAGCGAUACGGUAAAUGCUCACUUACGAGCUUUGCAAACUAUGGGAACAAAGGAGCAGAUCGCCGAUUGCUUACUCAUUCAACUCGUUUCUGGAAAAUUGGACGUCAAAUCUCGGGCGAAAUGGGAGGAACAAACACCAGCAAAUGAAAUACCUACUUGGAGUUCAAUGGCUAUAUUUUUGGAACAACACUGCCAGCGACUGGAAAAUGUGCAGAACGCUAUUGCACCGCCGGAAAAUCAGGUAGGAAAGAAAUCGUCCAAUAACAAUAACAGUCGCAAGGUUCUGCUAACGUCAGCUGUAGGUGCAUGCAUAUUGUGCAGUUCUAGCGAGCACAACAUCGCAAAGUGCGAACAGUUUCUAUGCCUUUCGCCUACAGCACGCUACAAAGAAGCAAAAAGAUUGCACUUAUGUUUGAAUUGCCUUCGACACGGUCAUUCACUUAAGGACUGCAAGUCCGGUCACUGUAGACAUUGCACUUCGAAGCAUCACAGUCUGCUUCAUCAAGAAACAAAUUCAUUUUCGACUUCGUCACAAGCAUUGGCUUCUGCCAAACUGCCGUCGCAAGCGCAAUCAACAACAACAAUCCCUACUUCUAUCAAUUCGUACUUGCCUUCGUCUUCAUCUUUCGGUCCUUCAGCUUCUGCAUUUGUCAGUUCUGAAGUUCAAGCCAGCGUUGCUGACAGAGAUUUCGUUCUCUUAGCAACCGCCAUCAUUUACGUAAAAAAUCGAUCUGGCUCUCUCAUUCCCUGCAGAGCUUUACUAGAUUCUGCGUCACAAUUAAAUUUCAUAACCAAUCGACUCGUUAACCAGCUACAAUUGAAGAAGAUCAAGUCUUCGCAGUUCAUUUCUGGUAUAGGCCAAAAUGAGUUCGUUGCUAAUCAUAUCGUUGAUUUAGACCUGCAUUCGCGCAUUAAUGAUUACACUGCUAAAUUGUCUGCGGUUGCAACAUCCACCAUUACCGAUGUUCAACCAACUCGCUCUUUAAAGGGUAUUAAUUGGAACAUACCAUCAAACAUACCCUUAGCGGAUCCACAAUUCUUCGAACCUCAGCGCAUUGAUAUGCUCAUUGGAGCUAGUUUAUUUUUCGACCUCCUCUGCGUCGGUCAGAUUCGCUUGGCUGAAAACUUGCCACUUUUACAAAAAACAAAGUUAGGCUGGGUUGUAUCAGGCGCAACUACAUACAAUGUUCAGAAACUAUCUUGCUUAGCAGCCAUCGACAUGGCUCUAGCAAAUGACACAGAUGUCGAGUUAAACAACCUGGUUCAGCGAUUUUGGGCCAUCGAGAAUUGCAAUGACUCCGCACCAAAGACUACAGUAGAGGAAGACUUGUGCGAAGAACAUUUCAUCAAAACCCAUAAGAGAUUAGAAUCUGGUGAGUUUUCGGUUCGAUUGCCAGCAAAAUCGCCUCAUUGCGAAUUAGGAGAAUCGUAUCAGCAGGCCAUCAAUCGGUUCAAAGCUUUAGAGCGGAAAUUUCAGCGCAAUGCUGAACUAAAACAACAAUAUUCGUCGUUUAUCAAGGAGUACCUUGAUUUGAAUCAUAUGUCAGUCGUUGACACUAUACCAAAGCAAAUUCCAGUGAAUUUUUUGCCGCAUCACUGUGUGUUGAAAGCUGAUAGCACCACAACAAAACUGCGUGUGGUUUUUGAUGGCUCUGCGGCAACCAGCAAUGGACGUUCGCUGAAUUCGAUCCUGAUGAAAGGACCAACUAUUCAACCACCUCUUUUUGAUAUUUUGCUUAGAUUUCGCACAAAAAGUUGCUCUUACUGCAGACAUCGCUAA